AUGGCGUCCGAAGCUAAACGAACCAAGGAAUGCCUCGCAGAGCUGGAGGCUCACUUCAGAGAGAACAAAGCCCCUUCUGACGUCCUGAUCAUUCUCGGACGAACCGGGUCCGGCAAAUCAUCUCUUCUAGAGGACCUAUCUGGUCUCACUGGCUACUCGCAACAAAGUGUUGACUCCGUCACAAAGACCAUCCAGCUCUGCAAGGCUAUCGUCAACGACAGAUCCAUCUUCAUCAUGGACACACCAGGCUUCGACCCAAACACCGAGGAGAGGACAUUCCGUGAAAUCAUCCGCGGCGUGAGAUCCAUCCUCCCCUUCGCCCGUAUCACCGGGAUUCUAUACCUCACUUGCAUCCCCCAAGAACGAUUUGAUGACUUUGACCGCAAGUUGAUCCAGUUCAUCCGCGCCUUGGGUGGACCGCAGUACAUUCCCCGCGUCACGUUUAUAACAACUUUCUGGACGGCAACGCCGGGACAGGCGGCAUCUUACCGCCAGCGCCUUGUGUCUCUUCGGCGCAGAUGGGAGGACGGUGUUGGUAUGCGUGGGUUAAAGACGUAUCAGCACGGCUGGGAGUACAACGGCGCUGGUGACGAUAGCGGUAUGAUUAUUGAUUGGUUUCUCAACCGCGAGCAGAUCGCGCGACAUGCGAGGGAGAUGGUUGCGAGGCAUUAUAGCAGUCCAAGUAUCGUUCCCUCGAGGAUCGAGGAGGAACUGGAUGCUAAUGUGCCCGUUCAUGAAACGGACGCGGGGAUAUUGCUGCUAGCUACUCCUGCUCCGUCGCAGUUUACCACAAGCGCGCACGCAGCAGCACGACCGAGCCAAAAUGCCUCUUCUCAUACAGAUGCCUCUACCCCGAGCCCCCCGCUGGCAGCACAUACAUCUAGCAAUACAGCCCAAGAACAAACAGCCACCCCGUCGCUUGCGAGUUCGGUUAUCCAAGUGACUCUCGAAGGACUCAGCUGGUUUUUCCGCAACGUUAACCCUGGCAGUACAGCUGGAGGCGCGGGUUCAAUACCGAGGAGGGCUGGCGGCGAUGUGCUCAGAGGUGGAGAUCCACUUUCCCACGUCGAUUUGAUGAAAUCUAGAGGUCUUGACGCGAGCAGGGAGGCCAGGCUGAAUUAUGCUCAGCGACACGGAAUUGGAGGUGUGCCUUUCUCUGCGUCGUGGGGGGAUGCAAUGCUGAAGCAUCUUCAGAGGAAUGGUUGA